CAGGUGCCCAGCACCUUUAAAAUACCUGUUCAUUCAUUACCGUAUCACCAUCUCUUCACCAGAAGUUUACAUCUGUGGUCUGACCCUUGAUUGAUAGGUAAAUCGACACACGGUCUGUUCGCCGCUGAAUCAUGGGUAACCGACACCCGUGACACUUGAGUAUUCCGAGGGAUUUUUAGUGGUCAGUCUAGAGGGAAAUAUACUGAUAGCCAAUGAAGAUAGGUCAACUGUAAGUAGAUAUCGCCUAUGGUCAGUGUAAGUUGGUGUGCGUGACGAACGGGAGUUUAUCUGUUGUGUUCACAUCCUACAAAAGUCUUUGGAAGAAAAAGGAACAGUAUAUUCUGGCGUUUAUUACAAAAUACGUGUUAAUUGUGGUGUGGAUCUCGGUGAACGACUAACCUUGACCUAUUACGUAUCAAGUGUCUGCGUUAAUUACCCGUCAUAAAGUGGGUAAACUUGCUAAUUAAUUAUACAUGUACAUCGCGUCAGAGCCUAACGAUUCAAGGAUUUAUGUUCCAGAAAGGGUAGCUUCAAAUUGUUAUUCUUUCUGAACAAUGGAUCUGGAUACAGAAAUUUAUCAAGAUUUUAUGAAAUGGAUCAUGGAGAAUACCAGUAUGUAUGACAACGUGACCUUGCAUCUCAACACGACCCAGGACGGUGUCCUCGCUCCAACCGUCUCAGAAAUCCUGCAGACGUUUGCUCCGGCAGUUAUUCUCGUAGACAGGAUUAUCUCCCCUAUUUGGUAUGUGGUUGGACUAAUUGGCAACCCUAUUUCUGCCUUCGUAUGGCUGAAUCGACGCAUGCGGAAAAACAAUUCGUCAGCCAUCUACCUGGGGACACUUGCUAUCGUGCACACGAUAUUCCUAUUUCUCCAUUUCAUAAUGGAGUUAAAUUAUGCCUGGGACACGCCCACAUACAACAAGCCCGUGAUAUGUGCUCUAUUUAACGUUCUCCUGAUUAUGCCCCAGUACCUCACACCACUCUUCGUCAUGGCGUUCACAGUGGAGCGUUAUAUCGCGGUGUGUCACCCAUUUUCCAAGGAAAAAUUCUGUACGGUAACCAGGGCUAUUAAAGUGUCCGUCUGUCUGACGACCUUCUCCCUCAGCCUCGCGUCCGUGCAGGCCUAUAUUUGGGUCUAUGUCGAAGAACACCAAAGCUGUGUGUUCGCUCCACACGACGACAUCGUUAAGUUCGAAAAGGUGUGGACCAUGGUUACGGAAAUGCUGCUGUUCUUCAUCAUCCCGGUGUGUGUGCUUGUAUUCAAUGUGUGUGUUAUCCGUGAAAUCAAGCGUAUUACUACCUCAGGUCCAGUGAAUACUCCACAAUCAGGAUGCGGAAGUCCCACAUCCACUAUCACGCUGCUUUCUGUGUCUUUCUAUUUUAUCUGUACUCUACUUCCGGCGUCUAUUGUUUACGCCUUGCAGUCUUUGCUACCACAAGGGAAGUUCCCUUCAACGCUUCAGCAAAUGGCUGUGGACCCUGUCUGGCAAAGAUAUUUCACAUACCUUACAAUUCGCAAAGUUGUGGAGGAGAUUUGUUUAUCUAACAAUGCUUUAUAUGGCUACAUAUACUACAUCACAGGUCCACAUUUCCGAAAAGUAGUUAAUAAAAUGUUCGGUAUUACAAAAUGUAAAAAACUGAUGAAAAAAUCUUCAACGCAAAGCCCAAAAUCGGAAUAUUCGCUUGUGUCCUCAAAUGGCAAGUCACAGUAUGAUUGCGUUUCUACGCAAAUAUAAAAAAGCUACCUGUAGAACGCGUGUUUGUAAGAAGGCACUAUAUGACUCUGUGAAUACUGCUACUUUCAUAUUGUGAUUUACUGCAGGCAAAUCAGUGUCAACUCGACUGGAAUUGAAGACUUCAAGUAACGACGUGUAUCAACUGAUAACAAAGCAAUGGAUGUAUAUACUGUUUUUGAUGGUGACAAGCAUGUCGCUAGUAGUGACGUCACAGUCAGAGACUAAUACAGUUGUGAUAUGAACUAUAUAUAGUUGUACCUGCAGAGAAUGUUUGCCAUUUGUAAUGUCAUGAACUAGAUAAGUUUGAAAACAAUGCUAAAUACCAAACACAUGUAUAUAUAUUGAUGUAGAUUAUGGUCAGAGCAUCGGCUAUCAUCGGCUAUCAUCGGCUUGCUGUUGUACAUUACUAUCUGCUUGUAAUAAGAAGCUUCGUUAUGCAUAACAUGUAAUUUGAACUUCGUGUUAACAUAUGUUUGACAGGCUAGCAUUUAGAGAUAUAUUCGAGAUUUUUAAAGUUUUCCUUACAAAAAUGUAGACAGUCAUCCUCAAAUGAGAAAACAAAUAAACACUUAAUGCUUCA